ACCAGAUCGUACAAUUAUAAACCGAAAAAAAGGUCAUCAAUCACUCUUUCAUCCAAGUAUUAAUUUCCUUUUCUUCAUACAGUACCUAAACAAGAAUGUUUCAAUUUUUCACUACAACGAGUAAAGGUCACUUACAACUAAACCAAAUUGCCAGAAACAGUUCGUACCAAAGUAAAGAACUCACCAAAAGGCUGCUUUGCGGCUGAUACUAUAUUACCUUGGAAAAGACUUUUCGUGAGAGAAGUUUUAUUUCGAUAAUUAUAUUUCUUGGCUGCCACUAAAAAUCCAAUCUCUAGAUCUCUCGAUUUUCAUUAGGUGCGAGAUUUGACUUGGCCCCAUCUAGUAGCUCUUUUAACUUUGUUUUUAUUUUUAUUUUUGGAUAGUUGCUAAAGUUUGUCCUGAAUAAUGAUCGGGCGUCGUCUUAAAUAUGGUUCUUUCAAGCGGGCAUUUAUAACACUAUUGUCUAUUACUUCUAUUUAUUUAUGCGCUAACUAUUUUGCUACAAAAAAAACUUCACAUCAGAGUGCGGCUUCAGAGAAGCAAAACAUAAUACGUGAAACAUUCCAAAAAAGCUGGUCAGAUUAUGAAACUUAUGGAUGGGGGUUUGAUGAGUAUUAUCCUAUCAAGAAAAAGGGAAGAAAUUAUCUUUCGAAAGGCAUCGGUUGGAUGAUUAUUGACGCCUUGGAUACGAUGAUGAUUAUGCGUUUAGACGAACAGGUCAAACAUGCUCGAGAUUGGAUCAAUUCUUCACUUACGUGGGACCAAGGGGACGAGGAGAUGAAUGUUUUUGAGACGACAAUACGCAUGCUAGGUGGAUUACUCUCUGCUCAUCAUCUUUCAAACGAUGAAUUGUAUUUAGAAAAGGCAGUUGAUUUAGGUGACCGAUUACUUACGGCUUAUAAUACGACUACCGGUAUCCCACGUGCGAAUGUGAAUCUUAAAACUCGCUCUUCCAAAAAACGCACUAGAAGUUACAUGGUUAGCACUUCUGAAUGUGGUACUGUUCAGAUGGAAUUACGCUAUCUGUCUUAUUUAACAGGCGAUCAUCGUUAUUGGGAUGCCGCUGAUCAAGUUACUACUAUGUUAUUAAAUGAUCCUAGUUGGUCUCAUAUUGGGCUGGUGCCCAUCAGCUUCAACUUGGAAACGGGCAAGUAUAUUGGCGCUAACAUUCGACUUGGUUCGCACGGUGACUCGUAUUAUGAGUACCUCUUGAAGCAAAGCCUCCAAUUAAAGGAUCAUGUGCCAAUUUAUCGGGAGGCUUACAACAUAGCCGUGGACGGAAUUUUGAAUCAUCUAGUUAAUUAUACAGCUCAUGAACAUUACGCUUACAUAGCUGAAUUGCCGAAGGGUUUAAAUAAGAAACAGCAUCCAAAAAUGGAUCAUCUAGUAUGUUUCUUAUCCGGCACGCUUAUGUGGGGCGCAACUAACGGCACAAGUCUCAGUGUUGCAAGAGAAGGUACUCAGUGGAAUGAGCAACAGGAACAAAUAGUAAAGUUGUCAGAAGAUCUCUGUAGAACCUGUUAUGAGAUGUAUAGCUCUACAGCUACUGGCUUAUCUCCUGAGAUUGUUUAUUUUGCUACGGACUCAAAGGAUCGUGAUAUGUAUACCUUCAAACAGGACAGACACAAUCUUAUGAGGCCCGAAACCGUUGAAAGUCUUUUUAUACUCUAUAGAAUUACUGGAAAAGAAAUCUACAGAGAAUGGGGUUGGAAUAUUUUUCAGGCCUUUCUGAAGCAUGCUCGAUUACCAGGAAGAGAUGCAUUUACGUGCUUGAACAAUGUUGAGACUACAGGCAUAACAAACCACAGAGAUAGAACUGAAUCUUUUUGGUUUGCUGAAACAUUAAAAUACCUAUACUUGCUUUUUGAAGAUGAUCCCAAUGUACUCGCAUUAACAGAAUACACUUUCAAUACGGAAGCCCAUCCCUUCCCAAACAUUAUUCCUCAUAAAGAUGGAAUUUCUUCAUCAAAAGUAUAGCUUAUAUCAAAUAAUUAUUUAUUCUUGUUGUUUUCAAUCUUCUAACUCCAAAUCGGUACUUUUCCUUUCUUUCAUUCGUCAAAACAAUUGAUCCAAUCAUCCUAAGAACUUUUGAAAAUCAUAAAUAAAAUAAAAUAAUCUCUCUGAC